AUGGCCAGUCGUCAACGUCCAGUCAUAUCAGACAAACCACAGAAAUCGCGGUCAAAGCCUGCUGAUCCUUUAGCUAAAAAUGAUCUUUCACAUGGAAUCAAACCAGCAUUAAUACGAUUUAAUCAUGCACCACCUACAGUCGCUAAUAAUCCAGUUAGCACAGUGUCAAAAAGACGGGGUAAUGGUCCUCCACCGUCUGUCAGAGGAAAAAUAGCACUACCUAAAAUACUGACCACUACGUUUCCUUCUAAUAAUGUGUCUUCUGCAAAUGUCCCACGAUCUCAAUCUCCUAUAGCGGCUAGACCUAUGAUGCUUCCUCAGCAUCAUGAUCCUCCUCCACAAUCUUCAAGUGCACCAUUGGAACCAGCUCGCCGACGUCGUCCCCAAAGAGCUCCUGUACGUCCUCACUAA